AUGUUUUGCUCAUGCAUUCCCGAGGUGAACCCUAGCAUGGAGUUUACACCACGAUACAUGGAAGGAGAGGUGCCUGUGGCCGUUCCUUCUUUCACCUACGCCAGCGACACAGUGAUCGAGUUCAUCACUGAUGUGGAAGGGAACUGGGAGUACUUCCUCAGGCUAGUUUACAGUAGUCAGGUCCUGUUUUGGGACGACGAGGAGCGGGGCGAUUGGGGCCCUGGCAUUCUGCGGCUGAAGGAGAACGGAAUGCUCGUCUUCGGCGGGGAUGCUCCGGACAAGGGCCCUGGGGAUAUCCGCUUGGUAAAGAUACUGCUGAGCUUGAAGAGAAGAUAUCCAGAGCAGGUCUUCUUCAUUUUGGGGAACCGGGACAUCAUGAAGCUCCGCUUCGCCUCGGAGCUCAAGGAGGUGGAAGAGCCAGGAAAGGUCUGGCUACCGACCUGGGAUCCCAAGGUGAAGACUUUUGAGCAGUUCUUGCAGGAGAAUCCCAGCCUCCAGAGAGAUGAGAUGGGAAAACUGAAGUGGCUUUUGCAUUGCACCAUGGGCUGCCAGGACACCACUUUUGACACACGCAAACGGGAGAUCGCGAUCCUUAAAGGAAGGGCUUCAGAUGCGGACGUGCUCAAAAGCUAUAGGGACUCGGUAGAUUCCAGGAGUAAAGAUCCCUGGAUGUUAGAAUUCAUCCGCGUGGCGAAGAUUGCCCACAUCAUUGGGGACAUCCUCUUCCUGCACGGAGGGAUUUGCACGGAAUCCUACGGCCAAGUGCCCAGCAGGGACGGACGUUGUAGAGAUGUGCAGGAGUGGGUGAAAGAGCUGAAUGCGUGGAAAGACCGACAGGUACAGGACUUUUGUGAGCAGCCCUACUUCUACGAGAAAGACGGGAAACAAUGCCGUGGUGGAGAUGAGUUGAUCAUCUAUGGAACUCCAGGGGCUGGUAAGAAGACGGUGAUUUAUCACAAUCCUUUUGAGGAUGGAAACCCCACGCUACGCUCCCUGGAGGUGCAGAACUUCUUGAAGGGCUCAGGUAUUGAUCGUGUGGUCAGUGGGCACCAGCCUCAUGGACAGACACCCACCGUGGUGCGCCACCCCAAAACGGGGCUCUUGAUGAUCACCGCGGACACCUCACGCUCCGACAACAAGGCCAGCAAGAUCUUCAACCCGGCUGACAACCGUGGCAUCGUUUACAGUUCCGUGCGUCUCCUCCCCGAGACCGUGGAGAUUGAAGGUCAAUUGGCCGAUGGCCGCUACCAUCGUUGCUCUGUACACCGGAACCCCAGCAAAGAUCGGCUCCCUGAUGCACUGGUGGGCCGGCAGCUGACUGAUGGAUCUUGGGUGAAGACGAUUCUAACUUCGCCCUCUGAGCCAGCAGUGCAUCUGGUACAGACUGCGCUGGGGAAAGGCUUUAAUGUAAAGGUUUGUGACAUGUCAGAGCACACCGCCUGCCUCCAGCUACGUGAAGAGUUCAAGACCAGCGAUAUCUUGCGGGUGAAGAUCCGCGACUUCCGUGGGGGCAGCACCUCCGCCAUCUCACUGGAAGAUUGCCGCGACGGCGAUUUGACCAGCGCGCACUUCAAGGACCGUGAUUUCACGGUGAACACGGAGGAGUUUUACAGGUGCGACACCUUCAUUUUCGCGAUGAUGGGCGUCUUCGGCGAUCCCAAGACUCCCUUAGGCAUCGAGAUUACGAAGCGAGUGAACGACUUAAUCUUCAAAGGUAAGAGGGUCAUUUGGAUCACCAACAACUCCAACAAGACCCGAACUGGGUUGAUGAAGGAGUUGGAAGACUAUUAUGGCAUCAAGGUCUUUCACACCUCGCUCUCCCGGACCCUCUCCCCCGACGGCUGGCAAUCCGAGCCCGACCCGCAGAGUGAGCUGCGUAAGUUGGCGCACCUGCAUGUGGUGACCUCGUCCUUUACAUGCGCCUGGUUCCUGAACCAGAAAGGCCUUCAGCGGCCCUUCGUCAUCACCUCCAAUCGCUCCAUUUGUGAAGAGUUGGAAGGCCUUGGAAUCAACAAGUAUGUGGCCACCAUCGGUCCUGAUGGGAAGCCCAAGAAGGAAUACCUGGAAGAGGUGACCAGCAAGAAGAUCUGCGACCUUGUCGCCAAAUACCCCGAUGUGGACUCAGUGGUGAUCUGUUGGGAUCAGCACUUCACUGCUCUGAAAAUCGCCGUGGCGACGCAGUACCUGAAGUGGGCGCAGGACAACGGGCAGGAGUUGCCAGUGAUCACCUGCUCAAUGGACCGGAGCGGCAUCCUGGGCGUCACCGAGGAGAAGUUCUGCUUCAAGCAGGGCUACAACGGCAAGAAGAUCCGGGCCAUCGGAAAUGGUGUGAUGGCAGCCUCCAUCGUCCAAUCUUCGGAUAUUGAAGAGAUUGUGGAUGUGGGCAAGCCUUCCCUGAUGCUUCUUGAGCAGCUGAGACGGCCACGUGAGGAGGGCGGCAUGGGUGUGGACUUCUCGCGCGCGGUCGUCGUGGGCAGCACGUUAAAGACCGACAUCGAGUUGGCCAAUGGCGGAGGCAUGAAGUCUUUAUUGGUCCUCAGUGGGGUCACCAGCAUGGAUGAGGCUGCCGUGCGCCCAGAGGUGAAAGGGGAUGAGAUGCAGCUGGUGGCGGUGCGUGAGGCGGUGGCUGGAGAGAUUCUACUUGUUGAGCCUCCAGCCUUCCUGACCUCGUCGGAGAGCAGUACAGCGGAUCUGGCCAAAGAGCUGGAGGAGUUGCCAAAGGCCCUGCAGGAGCAGCUGCUGCAGCUUUGCUGCCACGACCGCGCGGCAGCAGAGAUGAGUGGUGACAUGCAAUCUGCUGCCCAAGGGUGUGAGAAGACACUGCAACUGCUGCAGGCAGCCCCUGUUCACUCUUGUCUUUACGGUGAAUUCCGUGGGCACACCGGAGGGCGGCAGCGCGGUCUUUCUGCGCGCCAGCCGAGCGAACCACAGCUGCCAGCCCAACGGCUUCUUCCGCAUCGCACGCACUUCUUCGGGGUCCGCACUGCGCCUGGUGGCUCGCCGCAGCCUCCGAGCGGGGGAGGAAGUCACCAUCAGCUACCUCCCAGAGUCCAAGUUGUUUCGUCCCCGUGGUGUGCGACAAGCAGCCCUCGCCCAUUGGGGCUUCCACUGCCAGUGCCCACGGUGCUCAGCACCCGAGGAUCUUCGCAGCUUUCGCUGUCUACGGUGUGGACCUGCAGCGCGGGUGACGGAGCAAAGCAGCUGGACCUGCGGCUGUGGACAUCAAGUGGACCCGGAGGCAUUGGAAGACGAGUGGCGCCAAGCUUUGCGCCAGGCACGUCGCAGCGCCUCCGCAGCGGCAGCCCUUUGGAAGUCUUCGGGCAGCCUCACUGCGGAGCACUACCUGGUAGUAGAGGCCGCACGCCUGGCAUCCCAGACGCUGGAUGCUUCAGCGCCCAAGGCGGCGCGCCAGCGAUGGCGCACAGCUAAGGCGUUGCUUGGCCUCAGCCGCACCGCAGCAGAGGCACUGGAAGCUGCUGCCACAGCGCUGGCCUUGAACGGCCGCCCUGCAGCAGCGCGUGCGGCGCUCGCGCGCGCGGGGCUCGAGGCCUCGGCGCUGUUGGGAGAAGAGCAUGGGUUGUCGAGACGCCUCGCGCGGCAGCGUGGUCGGCUGG